GACAUUCUGUCUCAGCUGAACCAUUUCGAAACCAUUAUACCUCAACUAGUCGACCCCCAUGGCACAUUUAUCAGUUAUGACGUCACCCAUAACAGCGCACUACGUCACUUAAACCUGGAACAUCAACGCAACAAACGCUGGGCCGGCCAGGGGUCAUCAAAACCGUCUCGAAGCACCAACUUCUUCUUGGAUGACACUGACCAGAUAGGACGGAGCUCCGUCUUUUAUAAGCUGUCUGCUUAUGGGCGCGAGUUCCACUUCAACCUAACCCUCAAUACUCAGCUACUGACCAAAGACUUUGCCGUGGAGCUAUGGGGGAACUCCAAUGCUGCCAGAAGUACUGAUCAAGUUUGGGAUUGUCAUUACGUGGGCACUAGCAUUCGGGGGGAUAAUGUGGAAGCUGCCAUCAGUAACUGCAACGGGCUGGUAAGUGUCUUUUUUUAA